AUGAAACGCGAUCUCACGCUGACAUUUGAGCUGCUAAAGCAACUAAUUACACAAUAUCCCACAUUGGCGGCCGCACAAGAUAUUGACGGCUGGACAUCAUUGCACUGGCUCUCUAGUAACGUCUUUGGGCCAGCCGACCUGGCCGAACAGCUGCUAGGCCUACUGUUACAGGCAGGAGCUUCUCUUGAGGCACGGCACCAUGGUGGGGUGACCCCACUAAAGGUAGCAGUGUACGAGGACAAUGCCAUGGUUGUGCAGUUGCUGCUACAGGCCGGUGCCAAGGUAGACCCCCCGCCUGCCCUUUCCGGAAGGAAUGUCCUUCACCUUGCAGCGCUGUUCGCCGGCCAAGACACCCUCAACAUUCUCGCUGAUGCAAAUAUUCGCGGCCUUGAUGUCGAUGCGGUGGAUGAAGAUGGCGAUACCCCGCUAAAUUGCUGGCGAUGGCGCAAGUACGCAGACAGUAAUCAUCUUUUUGCUGGAACGACUCGUCCUACUGUCGAAGACGACCACGCGUUCGAGGCUCUCUUGCAAGGCGUCAGAGACCGGACCUUCCAAGCCGACAUUGAACUGUGUAACUUGGUUCUGCAGGCGGCGAAGGAUGAAGACUACAUAUCGGCGAGGGAGCUGCUAGAGCCGGCCCAGAACAACGAAGCCGGACACCACAUCUACAGAGGCUGCAGCGCUCUGAGGACAAACAUUCUCUUACAGCUCAAAUCAGGCAUGUGGGAGACUGCGAUUGCCGAACUGGAAGACAUGAUUGAAACUCGCCGCCAACGUAUGAUGCACUCCCCAUUUCGUGAGGAGUCCAAUCACUAUUAUGCGGAUGACUCAAGCAGCUCCAGCGAGGACGAUGAGGGUGAGGGGGCUGAAGACGAUGACAGCGUGGGAGAUUCCAGUUCGGCAGUUCAAGACCAGAUAGUCGAGGAGAUGGAGUUGGCAAACGGGGCGCCUAUGGAAAGUCCGAAAGGGGUUUGA